CAGCUGAUUUCGAAAAGUCACCUUCCAGUCAGUUCCCCUUUUUCAGCCAGUUAUUUUUCGUUCGUCGACGCGAGUGGUUCGUUGUGCUUUCUUGUGCUUUUAUUUAAAAAUUGUCGCAUCGCAAUGAUCUUGAAGGAGGAGCAUCCACACCAGCGCAUAGUAACUGCCGCAAAUGCGGUAAAACAGGCGCAGGUCCGCUGGCGACUUGCACAUCUUAAGGCACUCAGCCGCACUCGAACACCAGCGCACGGCAAUUGCUGCGGUCGCGUCGUCAGUAAAAAUCACUUUUUCAAGCACAGUCGCGCGUUUCUGUGGUUCCUGCUGUGCAACAUAGUGAUGAGCGCGGACUCAUUCGCCCACUCCCAGCUGCUCAUUAACGUCCAAAAUCAGGGCGGCGAGGUGAUCCAGGAGAGUAUUACCUCCAACAUUGCCGAGGACCUGAUAACGCUGGAGUUUCAGAAGACCGACGGAACACUCAUCACCCAGGUCAUCGACUUUCGCAAUGAGGUUCAAAUCCUCAAGGCUCUGGUUCUCGGCGAGGAGGAGCGUGGCCAGAGCCAGUACCAGGUCAUGUGUUUCGCCACCAAGUUCAACAAGGGCGACUUCAUCUCCUCGGCGGCAAUGGCCAAGCUGCGCCAGAAGAAUCCGCACACCAUCCGCACUCCCGAGGAGGACAAGGGCCGCGAGACCUUCACCAUGAGCAGCUGGGUGCAGCUCAACCGCUCCUUGCCCAUCACUAGACAUCUGCAGGGACUCUGCGCCGAGGCCAUGGACGCCACCUAUGUCCGGGAUGUGGACCUUAAAGCUUGGGCGGAGCUGCCAGGCUCCUCGAUUUCCAGCCUGGAGGCCGCCACCGAGAAGUUCCCGGACACGCUCUCGACGCGCUGCAACGAGGUGAGCAGCCUGUGGGCGCCCUGCCUGUGCAACCUGGAGACCUGCAUCGGCUGGUAUCCCUGCGGGCUCAAGUACUGCAAGGGCAAGGGAGUCGCCGGAGCGGACUCGUCGGGCGCCCAGCAGCAGGCACAGCCGACGAAUUAUCGCUGCGGCAUCAAGACCUGCCGCAAGUGCACACAGUUCACCUAUUAUGUGCGGCAGAAACAACAGUGCCUCUGGGAUGAAUGACGACGCGGCGAGCUGCAGCUGAUGCAGAUGCGCUGCGCCAGGCGUCGGAAUGGGAGCGAGUUUGGGGAUGAUGCCAGAGCCACCUGCCCGGGUGGCGAAACAAGAACAGCUAGCACGACCGCGACAAUAACUGGCGGGGGAGCUGGGGGAAGUGGGAAGGAUACAACGGCAGCGACAACAACGACGACCAACAAAUUACGCCAACUGCUUUUGUUGGUCCAGCAGCAGAUGCCUUUUGCUCUGUGGAGUUUUCCGGUCCAUCACAUUUCCCAGUCCCGUCACCAGUCCCAGUCCCAACAUAAGCCCAGCCGGCAGCAGCAGCAGCAUCAGCAUCAUUCUCAGGUUGCCCCCACUCCGCAUCACCAGUCAUCACCAUCAACACCAUCAUCAGUAAAACCACCAUUAUCAUCAUCAGCAUCAUCGUCGUCGUCGUCGUCGUCCGCAAUGGCCGCCAUCGUUGCGUGAUAAUGAACGCUUGAAAAACCCAACUUACACAAUCCACUACACUACACGUCCAGGAAAAAAACGAAUGCUGACACUUUUUCCGCUCACGAUUCAAGGCGAUUCUGGACGCGGACAUUCGAAUGCAAGCCACUGGGUGGAGGGUUUACUACAGCAAAAAAGGAGUAAAACGAAAUAAAUGUAAAAAUGUGCUUCUGUAUACUAUGUAUAUAUAUGUAUAUUUAACGAUGAUUAGCUUUUAGCCAGCUUACGUUUUACGCUUAUGCCGGAUUUCGUUUUAGACCUAGAUUAGGUGUCCUUAUUCAAUUUAAUCCUAAGAGAGCUCGCUGAAUUAAAGGUUAAGCACUUCUGAGACGUAGUCCUUUGCCAUUUAAUCCUUUCCUACAAUUUGAUCCUUUAUCAAAUGAUUUACAUUUUCUAUGACAUAGCUUUACAACCUAAAACUUAUUGAUUUACUUAUAGUGCAGCACCUUUCUUGUAAUUAUCUAUCACUCUUUAGAUCUUUCUUAACUUUUUCCAAGGUAUUUGAGAAUUUAUAGCAAUUUUUCCUCCCAGCUUUCUUUGCCUGCUCACCUUUCAAGUCCACUUUCAAUUUGUUUACUUUGCCCGUUCGCUCCAUACUUUUCCAUGCACAUUGUGCGCAGCAAUUUCGUUUCAAUUACCCUUUUAGAGCGCUUUAUGUUUCCUUUGUUUGCCUUUAUCUCCACUUCACUUACCUUAACUGAAGCCUGAUUAGAUGUAUUAAGAUUGUUGGACACAAUAUCGCGUUGCACGCCCUCUCCACCCGUGUUGCGUUGAGCUCAAGAGUAUUAAAUAGGAAUAGAAGUAUAAAUAAAUUAAAUGUGGCCUUAGCAUAUUUUA